AUGAAACUUAUUCUGGCACUCGUCUCUCUUGCCGUCUUGGCGGCAGCCGCUCCUCCACAAGGACUGAGUGAAAGACAAGGCGCUCUCAUCGGUCCCAUUCCCGCUCAAGGCCAAGUCGAAUGCGACAGCGAACCCGGUCGCACAUAUUGCUUCGACGAAGUCGUUUGGGGCAAAGUUACUGCCGACGGGAAUACGCCCAUGAUGCUCUGA